AUGAAACAUGAUGCCGAUAAUGUAGCCGAGUUGAUUGCUGACUCGCAGUCUGCUCUCCGCGCAAAUGUAGAUAUAGCAGAGCGUAUUACUGCAAUGUUGGCAAACAUCCACGAAGCAAAGCUCACAGCUAGCCCAAUAGAUGCUGUCGGUGAGAGCACAAGAGAAAGAGCGCCCCACCGCCACAUACAGCUGUCAGAAACAAGUUGUACCCUGGACAUAGCUCCAGCUGGUGCGAACUCCUCUCCACCUGCGCUGUCUGCGACCCAAGAGCAACCAAUUAAUGAUAGCGAACGCCAGCUUGUUUAUGAACUUCUGCAGGAUAAGGCGCGCUUGGCCAGAUUAGCCAAUGAUGGACACCGCUUGGCUUCUGUGUUGGUAGAAAUGAUUACUAAUUCUAUGCAGGCAGAAGCGAUCCUCGAUCUCCUUCUAGACGACACGGCAGACGCAUCAUCGGAAUCCAACUUGGUAACUCAAGGACCCAUAAAUUUGCACGACCUCAUCCUAUCUCAAGCUCACAAACACGUUGAUAUAACCUUGUUCCCUAUUGCAUUCAAGAUCGUUACCCUUUUGAACUUAGACUUUUUCAUCUGUCUUUAUCAAGUGCACAAUGUUGUUAUAAUGAUUGUGCUGUGUUCUCCUUCUUCCAAUGCACAAAGCUAUAGAGAGCUUUCCAAGACCCAUUUUCUGAACACUGUAACCGUACCUGGCUACCCAUCUAUCGAAGCCGUUUGUCUAUUUAAUUUGGCAGACGUGCCAACAAUUAUAAAGACUUAUCAAGAUUUUAUCGUGCUAGGAUUUGCAACUGGUGAGGUCACUGUGUAUACAAUCAACCACCACAUAAUGCAACCUGGAGGCAACUUCUCAACACUAUUAAACCCUGACCUUGUCAAGAUUACUUAUUCGCACAUAUCGACAUCUCAUACUGCCCUUAUAACAACUUCUUUAUCGCGCUCAUAUUUUUCUCCGGUGCGGGGCCUCAUAAUACUGGAUGUUACUGCAAAAAGUACCUCUGUAAGGACGAAGCAAAUGACCCUGAUCGUGCUCUACGAAUCUAACUGUGUUGCAACGAUGACCAUCACACUGGACUUUGUUCUCUCGAAAAGGGAUCAAAGAAUAUACAAUCAGAGAGCCCUUUUGGAGCCAGCCAUUAUAAUCGAGAUGCCAGCCAAGCUUUGCGUGUCCAACGAGAAGCAGACGGUGUUUUCGUCUGCCACGUCUGCUGCGUGCGAGUUCGCAGAUGCCUCUCCCUUGUGCAUUACAGGGCAUAUGGCAGGAACCAUAAUUGUUCGGUUGGCUGCAGGAGGCUCUGCUACCGUCCCUGUUCAGGGGCUGUCUGAGAUUGUUAGGCACUUAGCCAGUAUUGCGCCGAGUCGCUGCUUGGUAUUCGAGGCGCCCGUUAUCUCUUUGGUUCACGGCUAUAUACCUUCUGUGACUGCUCUAGAUGAGGAGAUUGUGAUUGCGUGCAGCUUAGGUGGUCAAUUGGCUGGAUGGAUAAUAAAACCGAAGGAUCUAGUUACUGGACUACCUCUUCUUGCUCUGGAUGAUGAGACCUCGCCUAUCUUCUCCCCGUACUAUAGGUGGCAUGGCAAAGCUGAUUGUGGAGAGGCCAUAGUGUCGGCCAUCCUUCACGACAGCAAGGUAAUAGUCUUAACGGUUAGUGGCCGCAUUGUGCAGUACAGCAUUUUCCCUCAUGCACUGGUCGAGUUGGAAGAUCAGUUGGGUCGUGCGGAUAUGAUGGAUACUUACGGCUCUUCCUUGGCAGUAGUCAAUCAAGCAGAGCUUUCAUUUAUAUGA